AUGACGGACGAGAUUGAACCAAGCGUACAAAAUGAAGACAAAGAACAGAAGAAAUUAAGCGAAUUAAAAGUUGAUGGAGAAAAAGACGAGAAGAAAAUCAGUGUAUUAAAAGAUGAUCAAGAAAAAGUUGAGAACAAAUUAAGUAAAUUAGACGAUGAUGAUGAAUAUGAUUAUAUUACAGUACCACCAGAUGGAGGUUUCGGUUGGGUUGUUCUUGUGGCAUGUUUUCUUAUUAAUGUGAUUAUUGAUGGUUUCCUUUAUGCAUUUGGUGCCACAUCAAAGGAUAUUCAAGCUCAUUUUAAAUGUCAAGAAUGGGCUUUAUCACUUAUUAUUUCAUUAGCUUGCGGCCUUUACAUGCUCAGCGGUCCAAUAGUUUCUGCUCUUUGUAAUAAAUGGGGUUGCCGUCGGAUUGGUAUUAUCGGAAGUUUUGUUGCUGCACUCUCUGUUGCAGCAUCGGUACUCUCACCACAUAUUGUGAUAAUGUGGUUAUUAUUCGGUAUUAUUGGUGGUACUGGUAUGGGCUUUAUUUAUUUACCAAGUAUUGUCAUGGUUGGAUAUUAUUUUGAAGAAAAACGUGCUAUUGCAACAGGUAUUGUUACGGCUGGUACUGGAAUCGGUUCGGUUAUAUUUCCACCUCUUUCACGUUUUUUAUUUGAUACGUUUGGUUGGAAAGUUGCCUUAAUCAUACAAUCACUUAUACUUCUUGGCUGUGCUGUAUGCUGUAUAUUUAUGCGCCCUUUACAACCAAUACGAAAACGGCGUAUUUUACCAUCGCCUGAAAAAAUUGAUGAGACUGUGCAAAAAAUCAUGACACCAGCAUCUUCAAUCAAAGGAGGAAAAAUGACACCAGCAUCUUCAAUUAAAGGAGCAAAAAUUACGCCAACAAUUGUGAUAAUACCAUCGCCACAAGAUGAAGACUCAAGAUUACCCGAUGUAACAUUGGAAGUAGACGACAAAAGACGAUGUCGAACUGAGUCGGGUGUGUCAACAAAAUCACGGCAAAGUAUUAGAGCUGAAGAUGCUGUUCGUCCCUUAUAUAAAGAAGACGUACUCUAUCAAGGUGAUACAAGAGAUUUACCUGAAUUCCAAUCUCAACCUGAUAUACCUACAUAUGUUCAACAAACAACAAAAGUUCCUGAAGCAGUGGAACAAACUAAAAUGAAAGCAUUUUGGGAUAUAUUUCUUACUAUGACAAAUAUUCAUCUUUUACGUGAUAAGAGGAUGCUUAUUAUUUGUGUGGCUAACGUGUUUUCAAUGAUCGGUUGCUAUACACCUUAUAUAUUUAUUGCUAAAUUUGCUUCAUCAGAAAGAGGUAUUAAUCAAGACGAUGCCGCUAUUCUCAUAUCAUUUAUUGGCAUUACUAACACAAUUUCUCGAUUUAUCUCUGGUUGGGUAGCUAAAAUUCCUUCUAUGUCACCAUUGCUUAUCAAUAAUAUUGGUUUACUUGUUGGUGGCGUACUUACAUUACUCGUACCAUUCUGCCAAACAAGGUUCCAUCUUAUAAUUUUUUGCUUACUUUGGGGUGGUUUUGUUGCAUUUCAUAUUUCAUUAAGUCCCAUAAUUAUUUGCCAAAUUGUUGGUCUGGAACUUUAUAGUAGUGCAUUGGGUUUAUCUUUAAUGUUUCGUGGUGUAGCAACAUUGGCUGGUCCACCUUUACUGGGUGCAGUUCGUGAUCUAACAUCAAGUUUUAAUUUAGUAUUUAUAAUUGGUGGUUUUACUCUUAUAAUAAGUUCUCUAAUGCAUUUUUCUCUUAUGUGGAUUGCUCGUUCAAAUAAAGUAGAAAUUGAUGCAACAAAUAAGGCUAAAGAAUCUCAGGAAAAAUCCGUUGCAUCUGGCGUUUAA